AUGUGCAGCUCCGACAUUUUCCUAGCGGUACUCGCCGUCUUCUUCCCACCUAUCGCAGUCUGGGUCAAAUCUGGAUUCUGCUCUGCAGACUCGAUUAUCAACAUAACCCUCACUCUACUCUGCUUCUUCCCAGGCCUCAUCCACGCAUGGUACAUCAUCCUCAAGUACCCGGAACAAAACGAUGACGAAGUAGCCUACGAGCCCAUCCCCGGUGGUGGGAGUCGACGUCGUGAUCUAGAAAACGGAAACGUUACAUACUACUAUGUCUCACACCAACAGCAACAUCCCCCUCAGCGUGGAUAUGGCACAGUUGACAACCACGGCCAGCAGGCGCCCGGUCCGGCGAACAAGCAAAACAACCACACCGAAGAAAGUGGACAUGCCGGGAGCAGCAGCGCCCCCUCCACCAACUUAUGCUGA